UUAAUUAUUUAGGGGAGAUAAAUUUUUCAUAGGGAGCGGAUGGUUGGGUCAGCGCGGCCCUCGCCGCCUGCCCUGCCCUGCCCUGCGCUGGGCAAACCAACCCGCCUGAGGCCGGCGGCGGGAGGGCUUUUAUUUUAGUUUUAAUUUAAUUUUAAACACUGCGAAGGGCUGGAAAACCGACCCCGAGCCCCAGGGAGAAAGAACGGGGAGUUGGCGGUGAGGGGAGAGGGAAGCUCGGCCACUGCCGCCAGCGCGGGGAGGGGGUUUUACGCCCCAAACCCGGGUGUUUUUUACCGGAAAAACAGGUUGGCGCUGGAGCCCAAACCCGGGUGUCUUUUACCGGAAAAACAGGUCGGCGGGGGCGAGCCCGGCGCCGGGCGGCCGCCCCGUCCCUUCCCGCGAAGCGCGGCGCGGGCUGUCCCUCGGCGGCGCCCGUAGCGGGCGGGCGCGUUGCCAUGGCGGCGGGCGGCGGCCGUUGGCGGCGGGCGGCGGGCGAUGGCGCUGCGCUGGGCGGCCCGGGGCCGGGCCGCGGAGCGCUGGGCUGCCGAGCGGCGGCGGGAGCUGGAGGCGCGCAACCGGCAGCAGUGGGAGCGAGCCAGCCGGUCCUUCGCCCAGGCCGCCAUUUGCUGCUCCAGGCAGGCGCGGUGGAGCCAACCGCGAACCGUCCCGCCCAGCCCGGCGGCGGUGCGGCGGGAGGCGGAGGAGGCGGCGGUGCGGCUGGAGCAGCGGCGGGAGCGGCUGCGGCGGCUGCUUGGUGAGGAGCAAGAGGUGCUGGCAGCAGAGCUGCGUGAGCUGCAGCGAGGCGGUGGGAUGGAGCUCGCCAGGAUGCAGCAGCGGAGCGAGGAGCUGCGAGCCGGCCGGGAGGAGCAGAGGAGGAAGGUUGCUGAGCAGCUGCUGUAUGAGCACUGGAAGAAAAACAAUGCUGAGCUCCGGGAGGUGGAGUCGGAGCUGCACAGGAAGCAUGUGACAGAGGCUUGGGGCGACCAGCUGAUGCAAAAAACCAAGCAAGAAGCAACUGAACUUGAAGAGAAAAAACGUUAUGAAAACGAAUAUGAAAUUGCGCGAAGGGAAGCACUGGAAAGAAUGAGACAAGAGGAAGAGAAGCGUCGGCUGGAAGAGAAGAAGCAAGCGGAGACGUUGCUUCAACAAAUAGAAGAACUGAAAUUACAGGAGACAGAGACAACAAAGCUGAAAAAAGAACGGCAGAAUUUAUUAAAGCAGCAGUGGGAGCUGGAAAACUUGGAAGAAGAAAGGAAACAAAUGGAAGAGCAGCGGAAGAAGAAAGAGCUUGGUCGCUUUUUGAGGCAUCAGUGUAAUGCCCAGUUAAAGAGACGAGCCCAGCAGAUACAAGAGGAGCUGGAGAUAGACCGGCAAAUCUUAUUGGCCCUCCUUGAGAAAGAAGAUGAGGAUCAGCGCCGCCAGUCCGCGCGACGGGAAAAAGCUGUUGCAGAUGUUGCCUGGAUGAAACGUGUCAUUGAGGAACAGCUCCAGUUAGAAAAGGAGAGGGAGGCAGAGCUGCAGAUUAUGUUUAGUGAGGAAGCUAAAAAAGUGUGGGAGAAGAGGGAAGAAGAAUGGGAAAGAGAGAAGGCAGCCAGAGAUCGCCUGAUGAAUGAGGUCCUUGCAGGCAGGCAGCGCCAGAUCCAAGAGAAGAUGGAGUUAAACAGACGAGCCCAAGAAGAGUCUAUAAAGUAUCGAGAGCAGCUGAUUAAAGAACUUGAAGAGGCAAAAGAACUGAGUAGGCGAGAGAAGGAGCAGGAGGAAGAACUGAAGACAGCGCGCAGGCAGGAGCUGGAGGCGCAGCUGACAGAGCGCCGCUUACAAGAACGGGAGGAGCAGCAGCGCCAGAGGGAGGAGGAGGAAGAAGAGAGAUCAGCGCGGCAGCGCUGUGAGGAGUUAGUGCAGCAGGAGGCCAAGCGCAUGGCUGAGCAAGGGUACCACGGCAGGCUCUACAGUUACCCAAAAGCAGCAUGGACCUGAGGAUUCUUGUCCUGUGCACCUGAGUGCACCAACGAGCACUAAAUGCAGUUGCAGACUACAGAAAGAAAACUUCAAAGAAUCAAGGAACUCCUGAAAUAAUGGUGGCUUUGGAAUAGCAUACAAUGAUGCUCAGACUUGAUUCAGUAGAUUUCUGAAAAUAUUUCAUUGUGCCCCACCUGAACGUAGGCUCAAAUGUCUACCGGCUUCAAGAAGGCAGAGGUGUGAGCAUCCCCACAGGACUGGAGUGCUUCACUUGCUCCGCAUUUGGGAGUUGUGAUGUUGUAUUUUAGUAUGAGCUACACUGGGGCAACACAGCAAAUAAAUGAGCCCUUCGGAUCUAAAGAUCCAUGAAAGAAUCUGCAGGAACGGGACCUGUAAACCAGUACCUGCUGCAUUUGCUAUUUAAGCACCAGACUCCCACCUCUGAGGCACAUCUGGCUUUUAGGAGUUAUAAAAUCAUAGGAUCAUUAUAUUAAAGAGACCUUUAGCCUUAAUUCAUAACACAUUGCAAAUUAGCAAGAUAAGAAUUACUGCUGCAGCGCAGGUUAUUUAACAUGUCCAGUUCCUCUCCAGAAGGUGCUGAAGGCUUCAUUACUUUUUUUUUUUCCAACUUGUUUCAUAAAUGAUGAAUAAUUGUAACCUGAUCAACUGUUUGUUUCUUUACAUGAGCAAACUGCUGCAACCAGAGGGGAGGGGAAUUUCAGUUGAUUAUUGUACUUGAUUCCUUGCUAUUAUUGUCAGCAACUGCAGCUUAAAAGCAUCCACACUCUUCAGCUGGUGUGGUAUUUGUGAUCCUGUCUCGGUGCUUUCAAGAUCUUUUCUU